CUGAGAAUUGAAAGGCUUCAUCUAUACAAUGUGGGAAUCAUACACAGAUCCCCAUCUCCUGUAGCAGCCCCUCACACUGUUGCAUGCAGAAAAGGAGGAGCCUGCUAUAAACACUAGUUUCCAAGCACACACAAAUUCAUAUUCACAUACACUGCUGCCAUCUCUCCCUGUUGUUGCUGCUGCUGUCACACACUGCAAGGCUUGCAGUACAAGGACACAGAUCUGCACGUUGGCACUUUAGUUGACAUCUCUCAUUGUUUCUGCAGCUGCUACACAUAAAGGCACUGAGGUCCACACAAGCUGCUCAUUUCAAUCCCAAAAAGAUCAUCAGUACAAUUCACCUUAAAAAAAAAACAAGUGACUGCCAUCCAGGCAACAUGUCCGGAAGCAAAUCUCCUUUCAAAAAGAGAGCCAGUCUGCAGGCACCAAGCCCAGCAGAUUUCCGAGGCUCUCAGUUUCAUCCCCUGCAAUCAGCCAAAUCUUUCUCUGGUACCCCUCAUAGUCUGAAGCAACUGAACCGAGAACUAAGAACAUCAAUGGAGGGCAAAUACAAGGAAAUAGCAGAGGAACUUUUCAGUCGUUCCCUUGCUGACAGUGAAAUGCGUUCUGCUCCAUAUGAAUUUCCAGAGGAGAGCCCUAUUGAGAAACUUGAGGAAAGAAGGCAGCGGCUAGAACGUCAAAUAAGCCAGGAUAUCAAACUUGAGCCUGAUAUUUUACUUAGAGCAAAACAGGACUUUCUGAAAAUUGACAGCAGCUCAGACUUACAGUCAUAUAAAGAGGAAGAUGAAGAUUUUGUUGAUUUUUAUUUCUCAAAGGAAUUUCCUAUUGAACGGGAAUAUUUAAGAGUGUCCAUUGCGGGUGAUGAGAAAUGUGGGGUUCCAUUUACAGAUUUGGUGGAUGCAGCUAAAAGUGUGGUGCGGGCUUUAUUCAUUCGACAGAAAUACAUGAACCUGUCCAUGCAGAGUUUUUUCAAGACCACUGCCCAACACCUUAAGCAGCUCAGUGACGAGACUCUGGACAGUCCACUCAAUGAAGAAACAGCUGAUACUCCUGUAGCUGAAGAUGCCCCUGUUCAUCCUCCCUUCUCCAAUCAGCACCCAUAUGAAGUGUGUGAUCCAAGCACUAUGCCUCCUGACUUAGAAUAUGGACUGAAGAUGGUUAAUGGUGUGAUUCAUGUGUACAGAAAGCAAGAUAUCACAGAUGCGACGACAGAGCUUGACCUUCCAUACCCAGAUCUGCAGGAAUUUGUAGCGGAUAUGAAUGUCCUUAUGUCUCUUAUUAUUAAUGGCCCCAUUAAGUCUUUCUGCUACCGUCGGCUGCAGUACCUGAGCUCCCGCUUCCAGAUGCACGUUCUUCUCAAUGAAAUGAAAGAACUAGCAGCUCAAAAGAAGGUCCCUCAUAGAGAUUUCUACAAUAUACGUAAGGUGGACACUCAUAUUCAUGCAGCAUCCUGUAUGAACCAGAAACAUCUUCUACGGUUUAUUAAACGGUCUAUGAAAAAGAACAAUGAAGAAAUUGUGUAUGAAGAGGGUGGAAAAGAGCAGACACUGCACCAAGUCUUUCAGAAUAUGAACUUGAAAGCAUAUGACCUCAGUGUGGACACUUUGGAUAUGCAUGCGGACAGAAAUACUUUCCAUCGCUUUGACAAGUUCAAUGCCAAAUAUAACCCAGUAGGUGAAUCUGUUCUUAGGGAAAUCUUCAUCAAGACAGAUAACAAGGUGUCUGGAAAAUACUUUGCUCAUAUAAUCAAGGAAGUGAUGUCUGACUUGGAGGAGAGCAAAUAUCAGAAUGCAGAACUGCGCCUAUCAAUAUAUGGUCGGUCCCGCAAAGAAUGGGACAGUUUAGCUUACUGGGCUGUCAGUCAUAAAGUGCACUCAAACAACGUUCGAUGGCUUGUGCAAGUCCCACGACUUUUUGAUGUGUUUCGAAGUAAAAAGCAGGUUAAUAAUUUCCAGGAGAUUUUGGAGAACAUUUUCCUGCCUCUUUUUGAAGUCACUGUGAAUCCUGCUAGUCAUCCAGAACUGCAUCUGUUUUUAGAACAUGUGGAUGGAUUUGACAGUGUGGAUGAUGAAUCAAAACCUGAGCAUCGUAUAUUUAAUAUGGAGAGUCCUCUGCCUGAGAACUGGAGAGAUGAUGACAACCCACCUUAUGCCUAUUACUUGUAUUACAUGUUUGCCAACAUGACCGUUCUGAACCACUUGCGCAGGCAACGUGGGUUUCAUACUUUUGUACUGAGACCACAUUGUGGGGAAGCAGGACCUAUUCACCACCUUGUAUCUGGAUUUAUGCUGUCACAGAACAUCUCACACGGACUUCUACUCCGCAAGGCACCUGUUUUACAGUAUUUGUACUACCUGGCACAGAUUGGCAUUGCUAUGUCUCCUUUAAGCAAUAACAGUCUGUUUCUGAGCUAUCACAGGAAUCCUCUCCCAGAUUUCUUAUCACGUGGCCUUAUGGUAUCAUUGUCCACAGAUGACCCUCUUCAAUUCCAUUUCACAAAGGAGCCUUUGAUGGAAGAAUACAGCAUUGCAACCCAAGUAUGGAAACUGAGCUCAUGUGAUAUGUGUGAGCUGGCAAGAAACAGUGUUUUAAUGAGUGGAUUUCCUCACAAGUUCAAAAGUUACUGGCUGGGCCCCAAUUAUCUUCGUGAAGGUCCAGAGGGGAAUGAUAUCAGAAGAACCAAUGUACCUGAUAUUCGAGUUGGGUACCGUUAUGAGACUCUCUGUGAAGAACUUACACUAAUUACUCAGGCUCUGCAGAGUGAGGAGCUGGAGACCAUUCCAGAAGAAAUGUGUAUGGGAGCUGGACUAGAAUGCAACACUAAAGGAAAUGUCAAUAGUAUUGGAAAAGAAAACAAUUAACCCUGAUUGAACCAAGAACUCUAAAGGGGGGAGGGAAGAGGCGGCCAGGGAUUUGGAUGACCACAUGCAUGGGGUUCAUCAUUUGAAAAAAUGAAGCAUUGAUAAUAAAGAUAAUUAGGGGAAGAGAGCAGAUCAAGUAAAGUAGAGUAGCAAUUGGCAUUGUGAUUAUAUAACAACAUAUAAGAAAAUAAAUGAUGCAAGAAAGAUAGUUAUACCAAAAAAACGUGCAAAGACAUAUAAAGAGGACAUUGUUAAUAUUGUUCAGAAAAACCUUUAGAAUGGGAGCAUGGAUUAACAAUUCUUGAUGCUGAGGAUCAGAAUGACUGAUUUUCACAAUGGUAGCGAAUAAUUAGUAAACACAAAGCUUAAGUAAAAACAGCCUUUAUCGUAAAUUAAAAAAUAAAAUAAAUACGACAACCGGGACUAUGGAAAAGCCUGUGUAAUUUUAACAGAAGCGGAGGAAGGAUCUUAAAGUGGGCCUAGUAUCAGAUUUAGGUCAUCCUACUAAUGCAUGCAUUAUAAAUAAUGUGUAAGAGCUCAUUCACACCGUGAUGUGCAGCAUGACCCAUGUUGUAACAUGCGUUAAUUCAAAUAGUAAUGGCACUGCAGUUGUGUGUUGUAAUCCAAAGUUAAAUGUGAACUUGAGAGAUAAUAUAUUUUAUACCUACUACAGUAAUGGCCGCGGUCUUCUGGGUGCUGUGCCAAGCAGUUGCCCUUCUGCAUAGUAACUGCAGUUGGUCAUUUGAUCAGCACAGACGUCAUUUAGAAAAAAAGGAGCGCAAAUCGUUCUUUGAUUGGAUGAGGUGUUACCACCUCUCCUUUCCACUUUGUUGUAUCAGAGAACAUUUUGCAUUCAUUGAGACAAGUGUAGAGCGUUCUCUGAACAGUGCCACACUGAGGGAGUGACCCCCCCCCCCCCAAUGGUUACUAUGCAGCAGGGCAGCAUAUAAGCACAGCACCCAAAAGAUGGCAGUAAUCACUGUAGUAGCUAAGGCUACGAAAGGGAUUUACGGGUUCCGCAAAGACUGAUUACCUACAUUGUGCCAAGCUGGCCCAACGUAAGUAUGUAAAAUAGAUCAUCCCUGGCGUUCAGCUUUAAUUGCACCCCAAAGCACAUCUACUGUGCAUUAACACAUAUCUGUGUUUUUGUACACCGCAGUGCAAAGAUGCACAUGUAAGAGAAAUUACCAAGGGUUUGUAAUUCUAAGCAUCGAUUGCCCAUUUAUUAUGAAUGGGCUGUUUAAAGGGGUUGUAAAGGUAAAUAAAAAAUUCCCUAAAUAGCUUCCUUUACCUUA